CCACCAGCAGGGGUCCUGGCCGGGCGUGAGGGCUGGGCCCGCAGUCCUGUGCCCUCCCCCUGGCCACCAGGGACCCUGUGGGUCCUCUUGGGACUCUGCCCAGGAGCAGACAAGGAGGGAGACCAGGGAGGGGAGGGCAGAGGCGGGGCGGACUGGCUGGGCCGAGCCCCCUCCGCAGAGGGUGCACGGCCCCAGGGCCACCGCGUGAGGGGCACGGACUGCCGGGCAGGGAAGGGCAUGCCUCCUGGGGUGGUGGCUCCUCAGGACGGGCUCCUGUGCCCAGGACCACGUCUGUCUCCCAGAAUCAAACUCCGGAAGGGCGGCCCCCUGAAAUCCGUGGGACCCAUGACCCCCGAGGCAGCCCGCCCCUGCCAGGAGGCGCCAGCUCGUCCAAACAUGUUCACGAGAGUCUCCAGCUCCACACACCGGGCUACUGUUUCCUGCCAGUCUCUUUACCUGACCAGCCAGCACCGAGGCCAAACACGGCAGCACCAGGAAGACGGUCCCUGCAGGGAAGGCCGCACCCGGGACAGAUACAAUGCAGAGAUGGCCCUGCCCCUGCGGGGUGCCAGGCCCCACGGUCACCACAGAGACAGCAGCCAGCCACAAGCAGAAACCCAAGUCCAGGACCACCGGAGGCACCCCUCCCCAGGCAGUGUGGGCCUGACCGUGUGCCCAGUCCAAGGGCUAGGACCACGGGCUGCCCGAAGGUCUCGCAGGGGGGUGGGGGCGGCGUCUUCCCAGAGGGGCCCCCGCCUUGGUGCCCCCAUGCCUAUGGGCCGAAGCCACACUCACUUCAUCCACCGCCGGAGACGGCCCACCCGGACCCAGAUCAGUGCGAAGAGAGGCAAGCGGUCAAGGAUUACAGGGCUCCGGUGGAGCUGUCUGCGGGCGCCAGGCUGGACCCAUGAAAGAUCGAUGGGGAGCAGCCAGGAGGAGGGGCUCCUGUGUCAGCUAAGCCGACUGAACCAAGAUGCAGACCUAGAUGCCACUGACACUACCAGGCCCCGGGCUGUACUCCUGGAGAAGCACCUGCUAGAGGGAGAGAAACGGCCGCCCAGCCCUGGUCAGGGCCCCUUCUUCUACAUCGGGGGCACUAAUGGGGCCUCAAUAAUCAGCUCCUACUGCAAGAGCAAGGGCUGGCAGCGCACCCAGGACAGCAGGCGGGAGGACUACAAGCUGAAGUGGUGUGAGGUCAAGAGCCGGGACACUUACUGCUCCUUCCGGGAAGGCGAGCAGCUGCUGUACCAGCUGCCCAACAACAGACUCCUCACCACCAAGAUCGGGCUGCUCAGCGCCCUGAGGGAAUACUCGCGGGUCCUGAGCAAGACCAAUGCAGUGCUGUGCACCCAGGCCAGAUCUGGAAAGGAUGCAGCACCUGCCCUGGAGGAGCCCACGUGGACCAGCCCAGGAUGCCUUGGGCCACAGAGGGUCCUGAAAAUGGAAGAAUUUUUCCCAGAGACCUACCGUCUGGACAUCAGGGACGAGAGAAAGGCUUUCUUCACUCUCUUUGAUGACACCCAGAUGUGGAUCUGCAAGCCCACCGCCUCCAACCAGGGCAAAGGCAUCUUUCUGCUGAGGAACCAGGAGGAAGUCGCCGCCCUCCAGGCCAAGACCCAGAGCAUGGAGGACGACCCCAUCUAUGACAAGAUGUCGUUUAGGGUUCCCCAGGCGCGCAUCGUGCAGAGGUACAUCCAGAACCCGCUGCUGCUGGACGGGAAGAAGUUUGACGUGCGCUCCUACCUGCUCAUAGCCUGCACCACGCCAUACAUGGUCUUCUUCGGCCAUGGCUACGCUCGCCUCACCCUCAGCCUUUAUGACCCCCACGCCAGUGACCUCGGUGGCCACUUGACCAACCAGUUCAUGCAGAAGAAGAGCCCCCUCUAUGUGAUGCUCAAGGAAGACACGGUGUGGAGCAUGGACCACCUCAACCGGUACAUCAACGACAAGUUCAGGAAGACCAAGGGCCUCCCCAGAGACUGGGUCUUUACCACCUUCACGAAGCGGAUGCAGCAGAUCAUGGCCCACUGCUUCCUGGCCGUCAAAUCCAAGCUCCAGUGCAAGCUGGGCUACUUUGACCUCAUCGGCUGUGACUUCUUGAUCGAUGAGAACUUCAAGGUGUGGCUGCUGGAGAUGAACUCCAACCCUGCCCUGCACACCAACUGUGAAGUCCUGAAGGAGGUGAUUCCAGGCGUGGUCAUGGAGACCCUGGACCUGGCGCUUGAGACCUUCCAGAAGAGUUUGUGCAGCCAGAAGAUGCUGCCCCUGCUGUCGCAGCGCCGCUUCGUGCUCCUACACAACGGCGAGGUGGACCCGGGGCCGCGCCCGGGGGGCUCCCGCAUUGGCCCCCGCCCGCCUGCCGCAACCCGGUCGGCCUCGGAGCCCGGGUCCCCCGCGCCCCCCGCGCCCCCGCUGCGCGCAGACAGACCGGGCGCGCGCAGGCCCGCGUCCCCGUGGGGUCCCGACGGCGCCCAGGCCCGGGAGCCCUCCCCCCGGCCGGCCGAGGAGCGGCGCAAGAACGCGAGCCACCGGGGCUCGUAGCGGGCGGCCACCAGCGCCCUCUCUGGACCUAUAAAUGCUACUUUGUUACAAACGCGACCUUUGUGGAGGUUCAGGUGGCUCGCCUCCCGGGGACGCACCAGGCACCCCAAGACGCCCCCUGGGGGCUUCCCUGGACCCGGACACCUGUCCCUCUGUGCCGCCAGCCCCUACUCCACUGCUGAGACCUGACCUUGGGGAGAAGACAGGGGUCGAGGGAUGGGGGGUGGUUCUGCCCUGCAGGAAGGGGAGAUGAGCUCCCAGAGUCCCCUACUCUGUUGACCAGGGGCUGCCUCCACCUGGGAAGCCCCCCAGAUCCUGGGCGCCCACACGUCACCCUGUGUCCCUCAUCACCAAGGACCCUCCUGCAGCCCUACAACCCACGCGACGCCUACGUCCUGACUCUCUGAAAGGUGUCCAGUGUCUCUCAGAAAGGGUCCAGAUCCCCAUGGACCCCUAUGGAUCUCCAAAGGAGGGCUCCCUUGAGCCCAAGAGCAUUCCUCAGAGCACAAGGACCCCCUGCUCUCCACUGCUUCCGAUGGCCCCUGAUGUUUCCACAGGCAGGGCGCUGCAGAGGCCAUGGGUGAGGGUCAUAUAUCAUGAAGGGCAUGUGGAGCCAGCACUGGCCCACCCUCACCAGGGCCUGUGUGGCCUGGGCGUCCCCGCUUCCUGUGGGCCCAGCCCCCAGGUUAGGGGAGAUUCAGGGCCUCUGAUGUGUCCCAGCCCCCAGCCACCAAGUGUCCAGGACCAGCCACAUCUCUCUCCACCCCUGCCCCCCAGCCACCCACCCAACCCCAGU